AUGUAUGAAUGCCUUACCUGCAUUCGCAACUUCUAUAGCGAGCAUGCUCUCCGGCAGCACAUGGAUGACAAAAAUCACUGGCCGCCACGCUAUGGCUGCGAGUCCUGUCCAAAAAUAUUCAACUCCCAACGUGCAGCAAUCCAGCAUAAGAAUGCCGUUAGACACUGGAAACCGAAGAUCCCUUGUGAGGAGUGCUCAGCCAUGUUCCAUACGGAGCAGGAAGCAGAUCAGCACAUGAGCCAACUUGGUCACUACAAGCAUUACUGCACAAGCUGUCGCCAGCGAUUCCAAAACGAGAAUAAUCUUCGGAUGCACCUUGGCUCCAAAAUCCACCGCCCAGCCACUGUCUCCUGCCCCUGCUGCGGCAUCUGCUCCUCUGCCACCGGCAUCGCCCAUCACCUCGAACGGGGUGCCUGUCCUCAUGCCCGAAGUCUCAAUCGGGAAACCAUCUUCCGCGCCAUUAGCGAACGUGAUCCACAUGGAUUCAUUGCCAAUAAACAGAUCGAAUGGCACCGCGAAAAAACGGUCGAAUACCUAGCCACUGACAGCGCAUUCAACGGCUACGGCUGGGAAUGUUACAUCUGCCACAGAGUGUUCGCCUCGAUGAGGGCGCUAAAUCAACAUGUCAAUUCGCCUGUCCACAAGCAGAAUAUUUACCACUGCCCUAAUGUAAAAUCUAAGUGUGGAAAAGAGUUUCAACCGUGGCUGCACUCUUCAACCACCUAG